AUGGAUUUUGUAUUUGACGCCUAUGACAACUACAGCGGUGACUCCCCGGCAAGCUCGCUGCCCGUACCGUCUGCACCCCUCAAGAUACCGAAUAUCCCACUUCAAGGAGAUCUGACCCGCAAAUUCUCGAAUUUGAGCAUCUUAAAUCACAUAAAGCCGAGAAAUAAAGACAAGCACCAAGACGAAGACACGGCCGCUUUCCGCUAUGCCAAAACCUCGCUAGAUCUUCUCAACGCAAACAAUGAGCCUUUGGUUCCCUUAGAGCUCACGGCGGAAACUACAGACUCCAAUGUGCUUGCCGGACGCUUGAGUCGAGUUCUGAAUCAAUCCAAUUUUGAUUCUACUAUCCGUCAGUCGCUGGUAAUGCUUCAAUCGCGAACUGAAGAACGUGACGCAUCAUCUGAUGGGAAUAUCGAUUACAAGAACCUGACGAGUCCGAAUAUGCUGGGGUCCAUUGCUCGCCGCAAAUUACGAGGCGACGUAGAGAGCGAGCUUUUGCGUCAGCAUUUCCAGUCGCUGAAGAAAUUCCAUCUGGUGGUCAAGAAACUGAACGUGAUCAAACAGGACCUGGAUGAUUUGAAUUCCUGUUAUGAUGAAAUUGAUGGGAAAUUGAGCGAGAGUUUGCAGGAUACGGCAGAAUACAAAAAAGAAGUCAAAGAGCUAAUUCAAAAACGCGACUUGGUGAAGAUCAAGAAGAGCUUGUUGGCUGGAUUUCGCUCUAACUUCACUCUGAGUGCAUAUGAGGAACACGUUCUGCGCAACGGGGAUGUUGAUCAAGAGUUCUUCAAUGUGGUUCAGAAAGUUGAGAAGAUAUAUGCGAAUUGUGACAUUCUGCUUAGUAUGAACAAUGACAAGCUGGGAAUCAGCAUUAUGAACCAAAUGUCGAGUCAUCUUCAGCAGGCCAACGAGAGAAUCUCAAAUUUCCUGCGCAAGACUCUCAAUUCGAUCUAUGUUCAAAACGACUUCGUAAAGAACCCAGACUCCAUUGCCAAUUUUCAGCGUGCACUCGUGUCUGUUCUUUCGAAAAAUAAAGACGAGUUUGACUCCAUUGUGAGCGAUAUUAUAGAAAGCAGGUCUCGAGUUGUUAGUGAGGAAUUCAUGUCACAGCUGAACGGCUACUCGGACGAAAUCCGUUCGAAGCCAAACAAAUCACUUAUUAUCUCAUCGUAUGACUCGAAAAGAUAUGUGAGCGACGUGCUUGCUUAUCUUCAUACUGUCAUUGCAAAUGAGCUCGAGAUGGUUGAGAGCUUGUUUACAUUUGAUCAAGAGGUGUCGGCUGACCUUAUGCCGGUGAUUCGCACAGUAGUUAAUAAGGUGCUUGGAUCUUUGAAUCGACCAUUCAAAAGCAAUUACAAAACUAUCCUGAGACAGGAAACUAAGCCGGGAGUUGUUGUCGAGCUCUAUCAGCUUUUGGAUCUUUACAAGCAUAUGUUCGAGAAGUUGACUCAAGGCAAUAGUCUUAUUGAAAGCUUGUCAGAAUUGCAAGAAGACUCGUUCAAAAGAUUGCUAACUCUCGUUUCCCUGAAAAUAAGAGAAAUCAAAGUUGAGUCAGAAGUUGAAGAGAUCGAUGAAGAAGUUCUUGGUCUGCCAGACUGGCUAAUGGACUUCUACUCUGAGUUUCUGGGCAUAUUUGAUUACCACAACAAUGCAGACAAAACGUUUCUCAACGUUGAUAAAUCAGAGGAAAACGAGCUGAUCACACUUCUGGUAGAUGAGCCGCUGGAGUUACUGAACUCGAUUUCAAGCAAGCUGGAUUUCCCCAAAAAGUCUAAGAAAAUCUUCAUGAUCAAUUGUCUAGAUUUCAUGCUUUCCAAAAUUGAGCUGGUCUCGGUUCUAUCUUCCAAAGCUGUAUUCAUCCAGGAAAUGCUUGAGCAAACCGUUCAAUCACUCAUAAUUGACGAGUUCAACCAGCUGCUCAAAAAUUCAGGACUGUUCGAUAUUUACAAUCUUGUGAACAUGAUUUACAAGCUUGAGGAUGAUUUCUUCGACGUUUCAUUGUACGAGCCAAUCAUAGAAAACAAACUCUUCAACGUUGCUACAUUUCAGCAAGCAGAUAUGAAGCUUCAAGAGUUCUUGGUGGGAUAUUUGGUUUCGAAUGAGCUAAACAAACUGAUCUCCCCAACACUCCUCAAUACCAUAUUCAUCACCUCGUCCCUCAAAUUCGUCAAGUUCUAUCGCAAACUCCUACUCAUCGUGGGUGAGUAUUUGAAGGACGAUGAUGAUCAACUUAUCAGCGUGUUCCGCUGGGAUGACACGCACGUUGCUACACUUCUGGGUGUGGAAGAACCAUACGAGCGUGAGAGAGACAUAAUUGACUAG